AUGGAUACUCCCGGUACUGUGUAUACCCCCGAUCCCAUGGACAUCGAUGAGUCCAUGGAUAGCGCGUCAUCUACAGCCUCAAGCGACCCCAUGGACCUGGCACCACCAACGGAAACCACCCAAAGCCGUUCUGUCUCGGAGAUCGGCUUACAGCCUUCCCUACGACCUAGUGGGCCCGAUGCUGAUUUAACCUCCCAUCUCAGGGCCCAAAGGUACAAGGAACUAUAUCCAGAGGGGACACCUCGGUGGACCAAAGAAGCCAUCCAAGAGGCGCAAGCGAGAGUGGAGAGGUGUAAGCCAGGCGAAGUCGUGUAUAUUACUGCAUUGGAUGGCGCGAAUGUGGAUUUCGAAGUGAUGACAGAGAGAAUUGUGCGCAAUAAACAGGGUGUAUCUAUUGUUGGCCUGAAGCAUUUCCUCGAAUUUUUCCCCGCCCCAACAGACUACAUCACGCCCAACCCCGGAACGCGCCAUCCCUCCCUCAUAUACUCGAACCUCGCCCUGGGCCACAAAUUCCGCCGUCUGGACGAGGAAGACACGGACGACGAAGACGAAGAUCCCACCGACAAACAAAUAGCAGCCGCGCACGAAAGCUUCAACUCCAUCUUCCACACCUGGACUGACAGUGCCAUCUACAAGAAUAUGCUAGCUACUCUCCGCAAUCUACCGACCAUUAAACGCCCCGUCACCAAGAUCAUCGCCUUCGGAUGCAACAGCCUAUGCAGCCCCAAGCUUGACAAGUUUGCUCAGGAGCGAAGUGCCUACCAGCACGCCUUCCUGCUCAUGUUACGAAGAGUGUUGCAGGAAAUGGCAUGGACACCGACAGAAAUUGAAAUCCUGCUGCAGGAUCCGGCGUACACGAAGCUGGAUAAGAAGGUACUGGGUGAUUGUGAAAUGACUGUGCUGGAUAGUCCGAAGGCGUUUCUGUUGGUCGAUGACGAGAGUUUUGUGUUUUCGUGUUCUCCGGAUGUUCCUGUUCGGCAGAUCGUUAUGGAUUUGGCGACGCCAGUGGGGAUGAUUUGGGAUGCGGUGGUGGCGGAGAGUAUGUCGCUGGAUACGAAAGAUCCAUGGGACAUCACCAUCCACCGGAAAAUCAACCAGAAUUACAAUACCUACAAUCUUCCGAAGGAUAAGCGUUUCAGCAUGUUGAAGAUAUAUCUGCGGUGCUCGGAUGGCGAGCUGUCGGAUACAGAAUGUGAACGGAGGGAAGAGAAGAUGCGAAACACUAUGGACUUUGUCCAGAGGAAUAAGUUUCUGGUUAGUUGGGAGAAGGAUAAUGUGCAGGAUGUGUUUUCAGUCUAUCGCCGAAUGAGAGGGUCUCAUGGUAGUGAUGGAAGUGGUAGAAUCUAG